GGGGAAGCACCAUACGCACCCGGCGCAAGCCAGCGGACGCCACUCGUGCCUCCCAACAGCCGCCGGGCUGGACCGCUCCGCUCAUCGCGCCACUGCCCGGGUGCUGCGGGGCAGCCCGCCACAGACAACCAUGCCGAUGUCCAGCAAGGCCUUCCUCGAGGCCACGCGCGCGCGCCAGGCCGAGGAGGCGCAGGCCGCGCGCAUGGCGCGGUAUGAUGCCCACGUGAAGGCGCAGAGAGCCAAGAAGCGCCUGCGGAACGAGAUGCGCGACGCCUUGGAUACGCACAACAAGACCUUGGCUGGUAGGGCUCGGAAGUCCGCCGCUCGCUUAGCCGCGAACCCGCGCACGGGUGGAGCGGCCCCGAGGACGGCGGACGACGAGACCAUAAGAAAAGCGUUUGCCCACUUCGACAAAGAUAAUUCGGGUACCAUCGACGUGCAGGAGCUCGGUGGUGCGCUACACAUGGUUUUAGGGAGAAGGCCGGCCAAAGAGGCCAUCCAGAAAUUAUUUGAAAUUGCUGACGAAGACGGCUCGGGCGAACUAGACUUGCGAGAGUGGACGAAGGUGGCCAAAAGGGGCGAGUUGGUCGACAAAGAAAUACUACAUCCCAAAUACCGGUUGAUGAUGGAGAUCAAGCGGCGGCGGGCCGGUGAGAGGGACGCGUCGGAGGCGGCGCUCGCGGCGACGUCCGCGCAAAUCGAGCAAGCAAAAAGGGAGGCGGACGCGACGCGCCAGAAGUGGAAGGAUGAAGAAGAACGGCGCCUGCGGAACUCCAUCGAGAGACGUAAGGUACUGAGAAAGCAACAGCUCGAACUCAAGAAGAAAAAUGAUGACAUGAAGCGGCGCGACGACAAGCAACGGUUGAAGGAGCGCAAGGCGCGCAAAGCGAAGGUCGCGCAGGACGUCGCGGACGGCGUCGGCCACGAGCUGUAUCGGGCGAUGGAAGAAAGGGCGCGCAAGAGGUGUUUAGAUGCCAUCAUCGAAGCUACUUUGACAGAUGUGGACCGCGACUUCGACAAACGGACAUCUACGAGAGCGAAUUCGAGGCAGAUGUCGCGGUUCUACGUCGGGGCUCGCGAAGACUUGGCCAUCCAACAGCAACGCGCCGCGAAGGCCCGUAAGAUCAAGGAGGCCAACAAGCGCGCGAAGCCGGCCUGGUACGCGUCUACGACACCCAAAUUCGACGACGUCGAACUCAAAGACCAGACGGUCUACACGCAGCCGCCCCAAGAAAUUCUGGACGCCGUGCAAGACGGAGGUUUCGAAGACAUGUCGGAAUCAGAUGACGACGGAGCCAUGCCCGCGGAGCUGCGCAAGGUGCGCUUCGUCGAAGACGACCUGGACGCGGCGGCGACGCUACUCCAGAACUCGCAGCGACGGCGGACGGCGCGGCUCGAAGUGGCGCAGAAGCGCCAGAUCAAUUCCGCGGCGACGUUGCUGCAGAAUUCCGAGAGGAGGCGGACGGCUCGCCUGGAAGUGGCGCAGAAGCGGCAGAAACGCGAUGAUAGUGCGGCGACGAUGCUCCAAGGUUCGGUGCGGAGGCGCAACGCCAAGCAGGAGAUCUCGCAGCGAAGACGCAAACGGGACGACGGCGCGGCUACGUUACUGCAGGGGUCUGUGCGACGGCGCAACGCCCGCGCCGAAGUGGAGCGCCGGCGCGCCGCGACGACGGAGCACAAAGAGUGGCCCGCGUUCGGCCAGAGCUUGAUAGGCGCGGCGGUCGAGGUCAACGUCGACGGAAUGUGGCUCCCGGCCGAGAUUGUGGAAGUGGGCGCGGCGCUGGCCGACUUGGACGGCGCGAACGGUGUUUGUGUGCGCUUUAGUGAUGAGACCCAUACAAUUACAGAGGAGUGGCACGAGUUCGGCAGCGACGAGAUCAGGAUCAUCGAAGCCGCGGCCGAAAACACGCGCCCGGCCUUCGGCGCGAGUUUAGUAGGCACCUACGUGCAGGUCCACGUCGCGGGGGCCUGGCUCGACGCCGUGGUCGUCGCCGUCGAGGCCGCGAUGGCGGACCACGACCACAGGGACGGUAUUUGCAUCCAGUACGCCGCCUACCCGUCGGCGGAUCCCGAGUGGCACUUGUAUGAGAGCGAGGAUAUUUUAUACAGACGCCAGGCGCGCGACGACGACUCGUCGCUGCUCACGGCGCCAUCCCUGGAACCCCGGGAGGAGGAGAGGCCUGCGACGCCCCUGCGCCUGGCGCCCGCGCCGGAACAACGCGAGUGGCCCGCCUUCGGCCAGGACUUGCUCGGUGCAAAGGUCAAGGUCAACGUCGCGGGCGCCUGGCUCCGCGCGGAAGUCGUGGAGGUCGGCGCGGCGCUGGCCGAGCUCGAGGGCGCGAACGGCGUUUGUAUUCGCUUUACCGAUAACGACGAGCACACGGAGAGCGAGGAGUGGCACGCGCACGGGUCGGACGAGGUGGUCGUCGUCAAGGCCGCGCGGGCGAACCCGCGGCCGGCGUUCGGCGCGAGCUUGGUCGGGGCCCACGUGCAGGUCCACGUGGCCGGGGCCUGGCUCGACGCGGUCGUCGUGGCCGUCGAGGCCGCGAUGGAGGACCAUUCCGGGCGGGACGGCAUUUGCAUCCAAUACUCGAAGUACGCGUCGGCGGAUCCCGAGUGGCACCUCUACGACAGCGCGGACAUUUUGUAUCGGCGCCAGGCGACGCCGUCGGCGACGCUGGCGACGCCGCGCGACGACGACUCGUCGCUCGUCUCGUUCACGGCCUUCCAGGAGCCAAUCAAGGAGGACGCGGCGGCGACGCUGCUGCAGUCGUCUCAAAGGCGGCGGACGGCGCGGCGGGAGGUGCAGCAGCGGCGGCGCGUGCGGGACGACGGUGCGGCGACGAUGCUCCAGGGCUCCGUGCGACGGCGCAACGCCAAGCAGGAGGUGUCGCAGCGGCGCCGGCGCCGCGACGACGGCGCCGCGACGCGGCUCCAGGGUUCCAUCCGACGGCGCAACGCGACGCAGGAGGUCGACCGGCGGCGGCGGGCCGCGCACGAGGAGCGCGAGGCCGCGAGGCUGCGCGCCGAGGCCGACGCGCGGCGCAGCCAGGAGGAGGCCGCCCGCGACGACUCCGCGGCGACGAUGCUGCAAGGUUCGGUGCGGCGCCGCAAUGCGAAGCAAGAGCUGUCGCAGAGACGCCAGGUUCGGGACGACGGCGCGGCUACGAAGUUGCAAGGCUCCGUCCGACGCCGCAACGCGAAGCAAGAGCUGUCGCAACGGCGCCAGGUGCGGGACGACGGCGCGGCCACGAUGCUCCAGGGCUCGGUUCGCCGGCGCAACGCGAAGCAGGAGCUGUCGCAACGGCGCCAGGUGCGGGACGACGGCGCGGCGACCAUGCUCCAGGGCUCGGUACGGAGACGCAACGCGAAGCAAGAGCUGUCGCAACGGCGUAAGGUCCGCGACGACGGCGCGGCCACGAUGCUCCAGGGCUCGGUCCGACGGCGCAACGCCAAGCAGGAGCUGUCGCAACGGCGCCAAGCGCGCGACGACGCGGCCGCCGAGGCCGAGGCGGCGCGGCGCGCCGAGGCGGCCAAGGCCGAGGCCGACGCGCGCCGCCGCGAGUUCGAGCGCCAGGAGGAGCUGCGCCAGGCCGAGGCCGAGGCCGAGCUCCGGAAGGCCCGCGAGGCGGCCGAGGCGCGCCGGCGCGAGGAGGACCAAGAGAGAGAGCGCGUCGAGAAGGAGCGGCGCGCGGCCGACGAAGCCCGGCGCCGCGAGUUCGAGGCGAAGGAGCGGUCGCUGCAGCGCCCGACGUCGCGCGGCACGGUGUCCUUCUCGCCGGAGGUCGAGCGCGACGCGGCGCCCGAGUUUUAUUGGAGAUCAAGAAGGGUGGCCGAGGGCGACGUGCCCGUGCCGAAGCCGCCGGGCCGCGGCCUGUGCAUCGCGAGGGCGCGGCGGGCCUUCGAGGCCGAGUCGGAGCAGGAGCUCCCGCUCGCCGACGGCGACCGCGUCCUCAUCCGCUACGCGGAGCACCACCCGUCGCCGGGCUGGAUCUUCGCCGCGAUGCGCGGCAAGGCGGGCUACGUGCCCCGCAACUACCUCAUCAUCGUCGACGACGCGGCCGAGGCGCCCGUACCGGCGCCGCGGAAGCGCGACUUCGACCGGGCGCGGACGCCGCCGUCGCCCGGGUCGCGCCGCCGCGACUUCGACCGCGCGCGGACGCCGCCGACGCCCCCGAAGACGCCGCCUCCGCCAAAAACGCCUCCCACGACGGCGGCGCCCUUCUUCGCGCCGCCGUCGCCCGACGAGGACGCCGACGAGCGCUCGGACGUCCUGGCGCCGCUGCCGCAGGACGACCUCCGCCGGUCGUCUUCAAGCAGACGCCGCGCGGCCGAGGAGGACGAGAACGUCAUCGAGGACAGCCAGGCGAAGUUAUACAUAGCGUGCCAGCGCGGCGAGUUCGCCGUGGCGCGGCGCUGCGUGAAAUAUGGCGCGGACCCGGACCGGCCGAACGAGCACGGCUUCACGCCCUUGUUUUUGGCCUGCGAGAACGGCCACUUCGACGUCGCGCUGUUUUUGGUGCGGGACUGCGGCGCCGACGUCGACGAAGGGGCCAGCGCUUCCGGAAGAACGCCGCUCCACGAGGCGUGCUACGGCGGGCACCUCGAGCUGUGCAAGAUGCUGCUGGCGUUUGGGGCCAUGCUCAUCGAGGACGAGGACGGCGACACGCCCUUGCAGGACGCCGAGAGCGAGGGCCACGCGGAGAUCGUCGAGCUCAUCAUGGAGCACAAGGCGCGCGCCGCCGCCGCGCGCCAGGAGCUGCCCGACGGCUGGGAGGAGGUCUUCGACCCCGAGUCGGGCCAGUACUUCUACUUCCACGAGGCCUCGGAGGCGACGCAGUGGGAGCGGCCGGUCGCGGCUCCUCCCGAGCGGCCGGCCACGUCGGCGUCGUCGCCCGAGCGGCCAGACAGUACGGGCUUCCUCGGUGUGUAAUUUAAUCUAGAACGU